AUGUUUGGCCGCCCUAGCGAUACCGUGGCACAGCCAUCUAUCGCUGGUAUUUGCGUCGCCUUGUGGAGGAAUGAUGGGUCUGAACAAGCCUCAACCAGGAGCUUGAUCUACAUCGACCAGCCGACGGGAGAUGGGUAUUUACCGGACUCAGAGACGGUCGGAAACGUCAUUGAUAUUGCAGAGCAAUUCACCUCGUGGUUGGAGAACUUCGCGACUACAUUUAAGCUUGAACCUCGAAAAGUGUACGACACAGGUGAAAGCUACGCAGGCCACAUGAUCCCUUACAUUGCGUCACGGAUGCUUGACGAGAAGGACAAUACCUACCCCAGCGUGAAGGGUGUGCAGAUUGUUGACGGCGAAAUCAACUCAUUCACGGUGAUACAGCAAGGCACACCUUCCCAGGCCAUCAAAUUUGUAUAUGCGUGUGGCACUUCAAAGUAUAACCUGAUCUGGUGGAUGGGUAGCUCCGGCUGUGGCAGCGGUCAAGCAUUCAACCACGUAUUUGCGACACCCGACAAGGAUCAGCCUGGGUGCAGUAUCUGGGGCGACAUUUUGACAGCGGCAUUUAAAGUCAACCCGUGCUUCAACCCUUACCACUUGACUGAUAGCUGCCCCCGUCCAGGGAGUAUCAUGGACGACGUCCCCAGCAGCUAUUUCAAUAGGGAGGACGUGAAAAGGGGGCUCCAGGUACCGCCGAAAGCCGGCUAUAAAGCUCACGGUGGCUUUGCGUGGAAUGGAUUUCCCGGCCCCGACGGGCUUGCACCGCAGCCCAGCGGGUUGGGUCCGUCGCCGAGUGUGAUUGAGCUUACCAAUAACACUAUUAUUGCCCAUGGCUUGCAGGACUCUCUGCUUUUGGCCAACGGGACCUUGGCCACCAUCCAGAACAUGACCCGCGACGGAGACCAAGGGUUCCAAAAAGCGCUCACUGAACCAUUAGUCGUGCCAUACAAGCAUCAAAGGCGAGAAAUGGGUUACAGAAAAGAGUCGGCUAUCGAUACUGAUGUUCGUGUCGAAGGGAAUGCUCACACAGAACGUGACUUACCUAUGUAUCGAUCGACGCAGCUGGCCAUGAUACAAUACUUGGCCAACGACGAAAAGCUGAUCAAGGCCAUGCUGGCGGAGGCGAUGGCAAUGAAUUGGAAGGACCAGACUGACGAGGCGAAGCAGUAG